GAAGAAGAACGAGGAGGAGGAGAAGGAGAAGUGAGUGUAGCAGUAGCGUCCCGGUCCCUGUGCAGGCUCACUUCACCAGGAAUAGAACAUAAAGAGACCGAGGACCAUGCUGAGGGCUUGUCUGAGAGGAGCUCAUGCCACAACCCGGAGGAACUGUGGGAGAACCAACCUGCAGCACUGCCGGCACUACACAGCAGGAGAGACCAGUGGUGGUGGUGCUGCUGCUAAAGUGCUAGCUGCUGGCUUGGUGACUGUAGGUGGUGGCAUCGGAGGAACAAUACUUUAUGCCAAAUGGGACCACAAGUUCAGAGCGGCUGUUGAGAAGAAUGUUCCAUACUCAGAUUGGCUGCUGGAUCUGGCUUUGGGACCUGCUCCUCGAGAUGGCGGCCUCCCACUUAAGAAUCAGGUGGAGAAGCCUCAGCCUCCAUCUAUGAUGGAAAGACAGAUGAAGGCCAAAGUCAAGUCAGAGAAAAAGCUGAAGGAGGAAGCAGAGAGCAGUCCCGUCCCAUCACAGCCUGCACAGAGCAUAGAGGAGAUGUCUGCAGAGGCUUCAGCACAGGCUACUCAUAUCAUCUCAGCCAUCAGUGAGAUCCAGUCAGUGCCUGCUCCAUGUGACACAGAGGCUCCGCCCAUCAAAGAAGAGUGCAAAGAGUGUCAUGACCACGAGGAAGCAGCUCACUCUGACUCAGAGUCGCCUGCAGCACCACAAACAAUGAAGGAGCGUCCAAUAGAAGAGGUGACAGCCAGACUGGCCCAACAAGACCAGGAGGAGCAGGACGUCGUAGCAUCUGUAUCAGCCAGCCUUGAAGACUCCCUGGCGAGCUCGGCUAAAGCGACACUGCAGGCAAUUGGAGCUCAGGAAGCCGCCCUGCAGGCCGUCACACAGCACAUACACAAACUGAAGGAGGCCAUGGAAGCAGAGGUUCCACCUGAGGAGAAAUCAGCCCAGUGGAAGAAUCUGGAAGUUGCUCUUGCUGACAGAAACUGUGCUGUAAAGGACGCUGGUGCAGCUCUGAUGAAAGCCAAUGAAGCGCUGGACAGUCUCCGGUCAGUGAUUGACGAGUCCAAGCAACUGAAAGUGUCCGCUGUGCGUCCUGUGGUUUUAGCUGCAGAGGAAAAUCUCCAUAAAAUGGUGGUGGACUUGGACAAAACCAUUGCUAAGGUAAGGACAUUGGUAUGGUGUUGUGUUUUCUUCCUGUUUGCUGUGUCAUGUUUAUACCAAAGCUCUCUGCUUACUGGUGUUGUUC